CGUCUGCUACUCCUGGAUCUCGCCUGUCGUUGCGAUUUUGGCCACCUGGACCCGUUUCUCUACUUAAAUCCAUAAUCCUGGUUGCUUCUUUUCCCCCGGACAUCAUGACUGGUCGCCAUUUUGAAGGGCGCCCGGAGCGUCAGAACGAAUACUUUGUCCCCGGCGAUGGAAUCAGUCGGGAAGUCAUCCAAGCGGACAUUUGCCGCUACCUGGGGAAUGAUGCCCUCGUAAGGCCUGGAAACCAUAAUGGUCGCCAGGGCUUUUUCAUCCGUGCCUACCGGAAUCUGACUUCGGAAAUGAUUGCUGAUCUCAAGGCCGAUUCGGCCCGCUGGGAGGCAGAUGUUUCGCGUAGGGCUGAUCUUGGCUAUCCACGAGGUAGUUACAUUCAAGAUUUGGGCAAGUCUCAGGCACCUAACGUGCAUCCAGCAAAUUAUGCAGCCUCUCCAAUUCAUGAGUUGCGGCAGCAACAAGGGCCUUCUCCGCCCACAUAUAGUGCUGCCCCUGCACAGCCAUACAUGGAUCCUUAUGCUCAGGGGUAUGGGACAACACCCAAUCCCCAGUACCCUCCGGCUACCACAUAUUCUUCCAGUCAUUCUCCCUAUGGAUCUGGACAGCCUCCUUACCAGCCGCCGCAACAGUACUCUGGCCCCAGCCAGCCCGCGGUGACGACCACGGACAUGCACCCAACCUACACAUACACUAGCAACACUGGUUAUGGGUACGAGGCCGGGAGGAACAAUGCUCCCAGAUACCCAGGACCAGGCUAUGAAAAUGAAUCCGAAUUCUCACCCGUCACCUCAGGAAUGGCCUAUCCACCUACAACUGCCCCAGACCCCCGGAUAGGAAUGGACCCCAGAUAUACUCCGGACUCUACAUACUCGGAACGUAAUAGGCCGCAGCCUGCACGUGAAAGGGAACCUCAUCGCCGGCGUUAAAAGAAGUUCUUCCGCCGUCUUCAUCAUCAUCAUCAUCAUCAUCAUCAUCAUCAUCAUCAUCACUCUUAUCAUCUAUCGACUUGGAGGAGUCCCUUUGAAUGCCAUGGGAAGACAGCAGACCUGCCUUUC